AUGAACUUCCAAAACUACACCAGCGAGAACUUUGUUAACGGAUUCAAUCCUACUAGCAAUACCACUAGAGGUAGACCUAGAAGUAACCAAGCAGCUCCUGCUGCUCCUGCUACUGCUACUGCUAUACAAUCCCAUAGGCGGAAUAUUCGGUUACUGAAUAUUACACGCACUAAACUUUCUCUUUGGCAUUUACGUAAUGUCACCUGCGGAGAUGAAUUUAGAUCCUCACGUACUUUUGUCUUUACUUUUUCUAACAGUAUUUUCUUUUGUUACCUUAAUUUACAUUUUAUCUACACCCCAAACAACUUUGUUCCUCGGUUGGUCUCUUCUGGUUCACCAGCAGAAAGAGUGUCGUAUUUGGCCACCGUUACACAAUACCUUACUGGAAUUCUGUAUUUUAAACAGAACAAUAAGAGUGUCCCAGAUCGGUUGAUUCAGGGCGACGUUAUUUGAAAUCAAUUCUAACGAGUAGAAUUCAUUUAAUGUAAGGCGGGAAACUGAGUAUAGAUUUAUUACAAGACCAGAAAGGUUGACUCAACACAACUACCAGGGGAAGUUGUUCAAUAUAAAAAGGAUCAAUUAUUUCAUCGCAGCAGAGUUCUUUUAGUCUAUUUUUACCUC